AUGCCUAUCAUCCCUGACCCGGCAUCAGUCCUGCGCGAUCCGAUGCCAGUUGCUCUACAUAGCAAGCCGGAAUGGGUAAAACCUGAAGUCAUUCAAGCGGAGUUGGUCGGUCACGGCUUUGUUGAUGUCAAGGUCGAAACUGUUGAUUCCAUCCAUCCCGUUGCCAAUGCCAAGGGCUUUUUAGCUUCGUUUGGAAUGAUGGUUAAGUGGAUAAUCAACACGUAUUGGACCAUGGAGCAGAAGGAGCAGUAUCAAGAUGAUUUCUAUAAGAUCUUGGUCGAGCAUCUUCGGAUUAAAUAUGGUGGGAAAGGCUGGAAUCUCAAAUCAACAGCUAUAAUUGUUACGGCCCGGACGCCGCACUAG